AUGCUUGAAGAGCCUCGCACGGUGCUUGGAGAUGCAGCCACGGUGCUUGCGAGGCUCGAAACCGUUGACAACGAGGGCGAUAUAGUACUUGUCGAAGAUCUGGCAAUGCUGAAAGAGCUCUUUGAAACGCUCGAUGGCGUGGCCGGAGUGCUUGACAAAAAUGUUGAGGUGAAUGAUUGCGUGGAGGUGCUAGAUGAAAAUUUGGCCCGGCUAGAAGACGUUGUAGCCACGCCGGGCAAGGCUGCAGAGAAGCUCGACGGUAUGGGUGAGGCGCUCGAUGUCGUCGUUGGUGCGGAGGCCACAUUCGAUAAAGUCGCUGCAUUUGAGGGUGGUGAUGAUGUACUUGAAGAGGCUCUUGCUGCACCCGACGAGGUCGAGGCGGAGCUUCCAAAAUCGAUGGUUCUGCUUGUGGAGGCCGCAGGAGCGUUUGACGAGGCUGAAGUAGUAUUUGUUGAGGAUGUUCUAGCCCCCGAAGACACUCUCGUACUACUCAAGCUUGACGAGGCACUCGAUCCAGGCGGAGAGCUAGAGGCCCUCAAGCUAGAAGAAUCUGGGGUCACUUUGCUUCCGAACGAGGUCAAGGAUGAGCUCAAAGUGGGAGACUGCGAGAUCGAGGUAGCGACAGGCGGAUUAUUGGUAGGAAGAACAGACACGGAUUGCGUCAGAACUGACAGCCGAGUCGAAAUCGAGGACGGUUUAGAAAAACUGGAUGACGAGCCGCUUGUUGAGCGAAGUUGA